CGCCGCCACCCGCCGCCGCCAGCUUCCUCCGCCGCAAGACCGGCCCCUGCCCAGCCCGCGCGGCACGCCGGGUCCACCUCGGCCCGCUGCAGCCGCGAGCCUGGGGAUCCCACCUGCGCUCUCCCCACUGUGCCCCGCAUGUGACCCGGCCAGCCCCCCGCGAGCGUGUCCCCUAUAGCUCCGGCCCCGGGGCUUGCGCACACCCGCCCCCAAACAACACCAGUUCUCCAGCCCCCCUUGUCCGGGAUGGCCGCGGCCAAGGCGGAGAUGCAGCUGAUGUCCCCGCUGCAGAUCUCCGACCCGUUCGGCUCCUUUCCUCACUCGCCUACCAUGGACAACUACCCCAAGCUGGAGGAGAUGAUGCUGCUGAGCAACGGGGCUCCCCAAUUCCUCGGGGCCGCUGGGGCCCCAGAGGGCAGCGGUGGUAACAGCAGCAGCAGCGGGGGCGGUGGCGGUGGAGGCAGCAACAGCGGUGGUAGCAGCAGCAACGCCUUCAACCCUCAGGGGGAGCCGGGAGAAGCACCCUACGAGCACCUGACCGCAGAGUCUUUUCCUGACAUUUCUCUGAAUAACGAGAAGGUGAUGGUGGAGACGAGUUACCCUAGCCAAACCACGCGGUUACCUCCUAUCACCUACACCGGCCGUUUCUCUCUGGAGCCUGCACCCAACAGUGGCAACACCUUAUGGCCUGAGCCCCUCUUCAGCUUGGUCAGUGGCCUGGUGAGCAUGACCAACCCACCGACCUCCUCAUCCUCAGCACCAUCUCCAGUGGCAUCCUCCUCUUCUUCGGCCUCUCAGAGCCCACCCCUGAGCUGCGCAGUGCCAUCCAAUGACAGCAGCCCAAUUUACUCAGCGGCACCCACCUUCCCUACGCCCAACACUGACAUUUUCCCUGAGCCACAAAGCCAGGCCUUUCCAGGCCCAACAGGCGCAGCGCUCCAGUACCCGCCUCCGGCAUACCCUGCAGCCAAGGGUGGCUUCCAGGUUCCCAUGAUCCCGGACUACCUGUUUCCACAGCAGCAGGGAGACCUGGGCCUGGGCACCACAGAUCAGAAGCCCUUCCAGGGCCUGGAGAGCCGUACCCAGCAGCCUUCUCUUACUCCACUCUCUACGAUAAAGGCCUUUGCCACUCAGUCGGGGUCCCAGGACUUAAAGACUCUCAAUACAACCUAUCAGUCGCAGCUCAUCAAACCCAGCCGCAUGCGCAAGUAUCCCAACCGGCCCAGCAAGACACCACCCCACGAACGCCCCUACGCAUGCCCAGUGGAAUCCUGUGAUCGCCGGUUCUCGCGUUCGGAUGAGCUUACUCGCCACAUCCGCAUCCACACCGGCCAGAAGCCCUUCCAGUGUCGCAUCUGCAUGCGCAACUUCAGCCGCAGUGACCACCUCACGACCCACAUCCGCACCCACACAGGAGAGAAGCCCUUUGCCUGUGACAUCUGUGGGAGAAAGUUUGCCAGGAGUGAUGAACGCAAGAGGCACACCAAGAUCCACUUGCGGCAGAAGGACAAGAAAGCAGACAAAAGUGUUGUGGCCUCUUCGGCCACCACCUCCCUCUCUUCUUACCCAUCCCCCGUGGCUACCUCUUACCCAUCCCCAGUUACUACCUCUUACCCAUCUCCGGUCACUUCAUACCCAUCCCCUGUGCCCACCUCCUACUCCUCUCCCAGCUCCUCUACCUACCCAUCCCCUGUGCACAGUGGCUUUGCGUCACCCUCCGUGGCCACUACCUAUGCCUCCGUUCCUCCUGCUUUCCCUGCCCAGGUCAGCAGCUUCCCUUCCUCCGCUGUCACCAACUCUUUCAGCGCCUCAACAGGGCUUUCGGACAUGACGGCAACCUUUUCUCCUAGGACAAUUGAAAUCUGCUGAAGGGAGAAAGGAAACAAGGGAAAAAGAAAAAGAGACACAAAGGAGAGGAGAUGACCCAAGAGAGGGUCCUCUUAGGUCCGAUGGAGGUUCUCAGAGCCAAGUCCUUCCCCUCCGGUUGGAGUGGAAGGUCUGUUGGCCAACAAUCCUUUCUGUCCACUUCCCCUUUCCCCCAAAUUCCUUUGACUUCAGCUGCCUGAAACAACCAUGUCCAAGUUCUUCACCUCUCUCCAAAGAACUUGAUUUGCAUGGAUAUUGGAUAAAUCAUUUCAGUAUCAUCUCCAGCAUAUGCCUGACCCCCUUGCUCCCUUCAAUGCUAGAAAAACAAGUUGGCAAAUGGGGUUUGGGCCCUUAGAGCCUCACCCCUGUAUCCUUGUACAGUGUCUGUGCCAUGGAUUUUGUUUUUCUUGGGGUACUCUUGAUGUGAAGAUAAUUUGUAUUCUCUAUUGUAUUAUUUGGAAUCGGGUCCUCACUUUUGGGGAGGGGGGGAGAGAAGAAAAGCCAAGCAAACCAAUGGUGAUCCUCUAUUUUGUGAUGCUGUGACAAUAAGUUUGAAACAUUUUUUGAAACAGCAGUCCUAGGUAUUAAUCAGAGCAUGUGUCGGAGUGUCGUUCCGUUAACCUUUUUGUAAAUAACUGCUUGACUGUACUCUCACAUGUGAAAAAAAUACGGUUUUGUUUUUUUGAAAAAAAAUUUUAUUUGUCCUUUUGGUUAAAAAGUUUCACGUCUUGGUGCCUUUUGUGUGACACGCCUUGCUGAUGGCCUGACAUGUGCACUUGGGAGGGACCUGCUUACCUCUAGCCUUAAGGGGGGGCAAGGAGUGAUGAUUUAAGGGGAGGCUUUGGGAGCAACAUAAGGAAGGGGCUGAGCUGAGCCUCGGGUCUCCAGAAUGUAAGAAAACUAAAUCUAAAACUAAAUCUGAACUCUCAGAAGUCUAUUUUUUUAACUGAAAAAAUGUAAAUUUAUACAUAUAUUCAGGAGUUGGAAUGUUGUAGUUACCUACUGAGUAGGCGGCGAUUUUUGUAUGUUAUGAACAUGGAGUUCAUUAUUUUGUGGUUUAAUUUUACUUUGUAUAUGUGUUUGCUUAAACAAAGUGACUGUUUGGCUUAUAAACACAUCGAAUGCGCUUUAUUGCCCAUGGGAUAUGUGGUGUAUAUCCUUCAGAAAAAUUAAAAGGAAAAUAAAGUA